CUUACUGCACUGCUCAUUAGACCUGCAGACAACAUAGUGGACACACAUAUACAGGAUAGUUCGUCUAGUGCUGACUAUUUAAACUUACAGACAGUCACUGAGAGGAGGGCUUUCUUUUAAAAGAAGACAUAAAUAGCUGUUUUUAUUAUUAUUAUUUUUAUUUCAAAUACAAAAAAAGAUUAUUGACAGUGAGUGCAAUUUCUCCAAUCGAGGGGAGCAGCAAGAUCUAAUUAAGAUGCCUUCAACAGUGACUCCUGUCAGUGAGUUGACUACAGAGAAUUCCCAAAAUAACACUUUCCUGGACUCAGAAUUCCGCUACACACUCUUCCCCGCUUUCUACGGUGUGGUGUUUAUAAUCGGGCUUGUAGCCAAUGCAUACGUGCUCUAUGUCCUGCGUCAAAUGCGAGGCUCCAGGUCCAUGAAUGAGAUGCGCAUCUACAUGACCAACCUGACCGUGGCGGACCUGCUCUUCGUCUGUGUGCUUCCUCUUUGGAUUAGCUAUUAUAGUCAUCAUGGUGACUGGAUCUACCCAGAUGCUCUGUGUCGCAUUAGCGGCACGCUCUUCUUCAUCAACACCUACGGCUCUGUCCUCUUCCUCGCCGUCAUCAGCGUCAAUCGCUACUGGGCCGUGACUCGGCCACUGGUGGCCGCUUCUACCGACUGCUGGAGACGCGGUGUUAUUACCUCAGUGAUCAUCUGGGCCAUCACCCUGGCAGUGGCCGCGUAUCACCUUGCUACGCCUGGCGUCCAGAAAGACAAGCAUGGAGGUGUCUCACGAUGCUUAGAGGGCUACCAUAACAGUGACCCCAAAUCCAAGCUUCCUGUCGUCAUUACUAACUUCAUCAUCAUCGGCCUGUUUUUUACAGUCUUCCUCCUCGUGGUUUUGUGCAACGUCCUCAUCGCUUGCGCCCUCCUGGCACAGCCCGUCAGUCAGCCCCGGCCCAGUACAGGAAGACGGCCCCUUGGUACCAAACGUCGCGCCUUGCGGAUGCUCUGUGCGGUUGUAGGUGUGUUCGUAAUUUGUUUCGUUCCUCAUCACGUGGUUCAGGGACCCUGGACGCUAGCCGUCCUGAAGAUGACCGACUGGAGUGAAGAAACCCAGCAGUAUCUGAACGACGCCCACCAAGUCACACUGCUUCUUAUGGGGUUGAACUGCAUCCUGGACCCAAUCGUGUACUGCUUUUCAACCAGGAAGUUCCGCUUGUACAUCAAAGGGCACUUGAAGAAAGUAAAGCAGGGGAAAAACUGCUCCCAUCACACCAGCACCACCGGGCUGUCCAUGAAAAUCAGGAAUCAGAGUGAAGACUUGAGCAUCUUUGAACAGAAGGAGUAGCAGAGAUUUAAAAAACUUUGACAGCGAGCGAAAAAACUUGGCAUUUUCAGAUAAGGUGUAAUAAUGAGUCUUCAUCUGGAAUAGAAGGAAGCUUUUAUUUCUAUCCCACUGGCAUCACUUUUAGCAGGUAGACAACAUUGUGGGUAAGGUAGAAAAAAAAACAGAAAGGCAUGUCCAUUAAAGAAGUUUAAACUGAAUAUUUAUUUUUUUAAGAAAUGUUGGAUAUUAUUGACAUUUACAAGUGAAUAGCAAGGAUUGAGUUCACCUUAUGGUUUUAAAUAUUAUUAAAAUAUGUAAACUACCAUCACUCAUUGUGGGUUGUUGGUUGUUCUGGACUUCCCCUCUGUCUGAAUUUCACAAUGUUGUUUUCUUGGGCAAGUUUUUGUGUUCCUCAAAAGACAGGAAGUUCAGAAUUUACAGGUCUCGUGUUUCUCUACUGGUUUGAUUCCCAUCGCCUGUGCUCUGCCAUGUUUCUGCUCUACCUCAUCUGAAUGAAUGUAAUUCCUAAGCUGAUGUCAGAUGCUUUUUGGCCUUCAAUCAGGUAGACUGUAGAGAAGCGAAAGCGGUAACUGGUAAAUAUAGCAGCUCAGGGUGUGUACUGUGAACUGCUGCUGCUUGAAUAAUCGUUUGUGGGGUUUUUUUUUACAUGAUGUACCUGAUAUUUGUGGAAGCCAGCUGAACUUAACAGCUCUGAGCUGUACUUAAUUGUCCCUCAAAUUCAUGCACUUUUUUAUGAUGAGCCACUGGAUGUAAUUUCAUGUAAAACAUUUAUAAUUGCUUAACCAUAAUGUGCCUUUUUUAUUUUUACAGCAUGUAUGAAUUGUAUGUUUGUGCAGAUUUUUAUGUGUUUGAUGUGUUGCAUCUUUUUCUUAAAAAGAAAAGUCUAAAUGCAUUUAACUGGUGCGCAAACAGUCUAAAGCACAGAAUUUAUCUUAUUUGUUCUUCAUUUGUAUGAGAUGUUCUGAAGUGUUGAAACCAUGAUUCUGUUUUAUCUUAAAGUGUAUGAGUCACAUGGAGUGCCAAAAAGCACACCACUUCCUCAGUACUCUUGGUAUUGCAUGCGUUAAGUUAGCCACAGACAAAAUAGCAUGAUUUUUUUUUUUAUAUUUGAUUUAUCUAAUAGCUUUGUAUCUGAGUUUCCUACUAAAUCUCAUAUAAUUAAAUAAAAAUAAAAACGAACUGUUUCUUAAAUUAUAAAAAAGUUAUGAGUU